AUGUGUCAAUGCCUUUCCCACAUCUUUUGCCGCGCCAUAGUUUGAAGAGAGUUUAGAUAAAGUCGAACCAGUGAGGGUCUAUACGCUGUUCCCAUAGCGACAUGUGCAUAGUUGUACGUGCGUUGAGCUACUUGAACCUUUCUUGCCGUUGUCAUGGCGUCAAGUAUGACUAGGUGCCUAUUUAAGAAGCAACUGUAAUCUCCGUUCUAUGAUUACCCUUAUUCUUCGUAGAUAUUUCUCUGCGGCCUAUCAACAGUUUUUGCUACUUACUUGGCUAUGAAUAAAGCCAACUCGUGAUUCGCUAUUGUGCCUCAUCCAUCAAACCUACACUGAGCCCGCGAAAGCCAGUCCCGUACGCAGCAUAGCUGACUCGAUUUUCAGAAUGGAGCGACCCGGGAUGGAACCAAAUACUUACAACUUGGACGACGUGCAUAUGGCCAGCACCGUCAUGGGACGUCCUAUUCUUGAAAUCGACCCUAGGGUAAAUUGUAGCUUUCGGGCUAUACCCCUACGCCACCUGGGGAUUAAAUUCCGCGAACUUUCCGAGUACGGCGUCGUCAUCCACGAGAGCCCCAUUAAGCUAGUGAUCAUGAUCUAUCAUCGGCGCCCGGAGCUGUUGCUCCCCGUUGUUAGACACGCAUGGGUGAGCAAGUACAUGGAGACGGGAGCCCCAUGCACCAUGCAUUUCGGCCCGUUGAUCCCGUGCGAAAGCGUCGUGGUGACCAUGGAGCGAGACAGAACGGGAAAUGGCAAUAAAAAGCAAGCGGGUUCGGAAACGAAGUCGCAAGAACCGCCGCAGCCCCAGCCACAGUCAUACACAUAUUCAAACUCGACAACUUCUUCAGAGGCUACCACGUCGCCAGUGAACAUAACCCCAACUCGACCGAACCUACCAUCGAUGUCGGAUGUGCACCGUAUGGCGGAUUUCGACUUCCUAGGCGAGUUGCAAGCCCAGUUCACGCAACAUGCGGCGCGAUUUCCCGAAGCCUAUAGACAAGCUGCUCAAACCUACUCGGGCCCCAGACCAUAUCAACCUCAGCCAGGCGCCCUACCAUUGGUCUAUCAAAGUCUGCCCAACGGCCAAAGUGUUCGAGCCCCUUUGCCGUACCGGAGAUCUCCAAGCCAUCCAGGCUACGGCGGAUGCCAAGGCAACCGACACAAUUAGAACCUUCCUCGAUAUCAAGGAUGCCGGGCUGGCCAAGAAACCGAAGUGGUCCGCACGAUACUAUUCUUAAAUUAUCAAGCAACAGUAG